AUGACAGGUUUGGUAAAUAUUGAUCAACUUAUAACAACUAGGAUAACUACCAAAGUCAUAUUUUUACAGAUUCUCAACCCUUUGGAUGCAAUUUGUGACCGUAAGCGGCCCGAUGCCGUUUGCGUUUCGAAUUUAAAAAAUGCUAAAAGGGUCGACAAAGGCGUUUUGGUUGAACGCCCUGAUGUUAAAAUCUUUUUACCUUUCAGAUUUUUUGUAUAUGAGCCAAAGGCUCUAUUUAUACCAAACACCUACAACCGAUUUUUAGUUGUGCCUAGUGGGGAUCAUCUGACAUCUCUGGUCGAUGAAAUAUCAUACAUAUCACCACCGGCACCCCCCCUUUCUCAAAUAGACGACAUUCCACCCGAAUACUUCUGCAACGGGGACAAUCGACCGCCAAAUUGUGGACCAAACUGUGAAUGUACACACAUGGUUGACAUACCACUUGGAGCUAUUGUUGAAGUUGUGUUGAUUGAUGAAGUACAGCAAGUGAAUCUUAGCCACCCAUUUCACUUGCAUGGUACGGCCUUUUAUGUGGUAGGACUAGGUCGCUCACCAAAUAAGUCAAUAAAAAAAAUUAACCUAAAGCAUGCUUUGGAACUGGAUCAAAUGGGAAUGCUUGAGCGUCAUUUUUCUAAGCCCCCACUUAAGGAUACAAUAGCUGUUCCUAACAAUGGAUAUGUUGUAAUACGUUUUCGCGCAGACAAUCCAGGCUAUUGGCUUUUUCAUUGUCACUUUCUUUUUCAUAUCGUCAUAGGCAUGAAUCUUAUCUUUCAUAUCGGUACUAUAGCUGACCUGCCCCCAGUUCCACCACGAUUUCCCACAUGUGGCGACCAUGUGCCGCCGGUUACAUGGUACUAGUCCAGUGGUAUAUAUAUUUUAUUAACAUCUAAUUAAGAUAUAUAUAAUAACUAAUUUAUUGCUUAGUUAACCAAUAAACCGAAAUUGUAAUAUUUUCACAAUGCUGUUUAAAGAUAAUAAUUUAAUGUUUUAAUUUAUUAAUAUUACAUUCAAAUAGAAACAAUAAAACUUUCUUAUAAACAGAAAA